AUGGCCACAAACGGGGAGCUCGGCGCAGCGCCUUCCGGUGCAACAGAGGCUGUACUGAAGCCUUCUGACCCAGUGCCUGAAGGCGCGAUACCGAUACAAGGGCUAGAUUUCUCAGAAUAUGCCGGUCGGAAUAUCUCUGUCGCGGAGAUGGUGGAGAAGAUGGGGAGUAUGGGGUUUCAAGCGACGAGUAUAGGGCAGGCGGCGAAGAUUGUGGACGGGAUGAGAACAUGGCGCGACCCUGAGACGGGUUCAAAGACCACCAUCUUCCUCGGCUACACCUCCAACCUCAUCUCCUCGGGCCUGCGCGAGACGCUCCGCUGGCUCGUCCAGCACAAUCACGUCUCCGCGAUCGUCACCACCGCCGGUGGCGUAGAAGAGGAUUUGAUUAAAUGUCUCGCCCCGACCUACCUAGGUACCUUCUCCGCCUCGGGCGCUGCUCUGCGAGAACAAGGCAUGAACCGGAUUGGGAACUUGUUCGUGCCGAACAGCAAUUAUCAAGCCUUCGAGGACUGGCUGAUUCCUAUUCUGGACGCCAUGCUCGCGGAGCAGGAAGCCAGCAAAGCCUCCGAGGAACCCUUAGUCUGGACCCCAUCGACCAUCAUCGCCCGCCUCGGCCGCGAAAUCAACGACCCCUGCUCCGUCUACUACUGGGCCCACCGCAACAACAUCCCCGUCUUCUGCCCCGCCCUCACCGACGGCAGUCUGGGCGAUAUGCUGUACUUCCACACCUUCCGCGCCUCCCCCCUCCACCUCAGCAUCGACAUCGUGCGCGAUAUUCGUCGAAUCAACGACAUUGCGAUCAAGGCGAAGCGGACGGGCAUGAUUGUGUUGGGGGGCGGGGUGGUGAAGCAUCAUAUUGCGAAUGCGAAUUUGAUGCGGAACGGAGCGGAUAGCGCGGUGUUUGUGAAUACGGGGAAUGAGUUUGAUGGUAGUGAUGCCGGGGCCAGGCCGGACGAGGCGAUUAGUUGGGGGAAGAUCCGGGUUGGGGGGGAGAGCGUGAAGGUGUACGGGGAGGCGACGAUUGUGUUUCCGCUGAUUGUUGCGGCUACGUUUGCGAAGGUGGAGGAUGAAGCAAAGCCAGAGGGUCGAGAGGUUUAG